GAAGAGGAAAAAAAGUCAGAGUUUCAAGCAUGACGAGACAAAGACACUGACUGAAUCAUUGACAAAUAAUGAUAUAAAAACUUUAACAACUCACCAUGGCUAUAAGGGAGCUCAAAGUUUGCCUUUUAGGGGACACUGGAGUUGGAAAAUCCAGUAUUGUUUGCCGGUUCGUUCAGGAUCACUUUGACCACAACAUUAGUCCCACAAUAGGAGCAUCAUUCCUGACCAAGACGGUGCCAUGCGGAAAUGAAUUACACAAAUUUCUGAUCUGGGAUACAGCCGGACAGGAAAGGUUUCACUCAUUAGCUCCCAUGUACUACCGAGGAUCGGCGGCUGCUGUCAUUGUUUAUGACAUAACUAAACUGGACUCUUUCCAGACACUGAAGAAGUGGGUGAAGGAGCUGAAGGAACAUGGUCCAGAGGACAUUGUUGUAGCCAUAGCAGGAAACAAGAAUGAUUUAGGGGACAUCAGGGAAGUUCCUAUGAAGGAAGCUAAGGAGUUUGCUGAAUCAAUUGCAGCUAUUUUCAUCGAGACUAGUGCCAGGAAUGCUGUCAAUGUUGAGGAGCUCUUUCAGAAAAUCAGUAAACAGAUUCCUCCCCUGGAAAAUCCUGAGGUGGACAGCAACGAGUCCUUUAAACUCACCCGGCAGCCAGCUUUGUCCACCAGGAGAUGCUGCUAGUACCAACAGUGGCAGAUGAGAUUACUUCCUUCAGCACCAGGGACCCCACCAGCACAGCUCAUAGUCCACAAUGCACACAGUGUCUUACUCCAGGGAAAGACAAGACAGUGGACAGACAGAUGCCAGCUUGCACAUGUGGUCACCUGCAACAUGAAAACUUGCCAACAGUAUUAUAUGGGUCAGUGGACGUUCAUUUCAUUUAAUUGAAGCAGUUUCAAGUUUGAUGAGGUUAGGAAGCAGAAAGCCAUCCGUUUGUUCCCCUCAGGUGAUGCCUGAAUUACAUUAAGAUUUCUGUCCGUGUAUUGAGAUGGAAAAGCUCAUUCAGAAAGGAAGUUUUAUCCCACUAUCUAUGGUAACUUUAAAUUUAAGCACAAAUGAAUAACAAGUCAUCUGGCUGAUGUGCUCAUUAAAACUGGUUGUAGAUGCAACUGCAUUUUCAUUGUAAGAGUCGACUGCUCUGUAGAUUUUCAUUGCACUGUGGCUCUUCAAUGUUUCGCCUUAAAUGAAAGUUUUUUCUUUUUUAUAUUCAUUAUUAUCAAGAGUAGACUUUUCCUUCUGGUGGAGCUUUUGUGUUCAUGUGUGUGUGUCACCAUAGAAUUUCUUUAGAAUAUUUGAAUAAGAGGUUGUUCAGAUCGAACCUUAGACAAGCAUUCAGUUGUAUAGCUCAGAUGCUGCGGCUUUACAUUCCACUUUGUCAUGUGUUCUCACACACAUUUGCUGCAUAAGGGUUUAACUGUAAUGCUGCAGAAUGAACAGCUUAGAGCCCUAAAUUGUAAUUACAGUUUGACACUCCCUGUUGAAACACUGUGACCAAUACUAGAAUUGUUUACAUAGUGAUUUGUUAAAGAUGUUUUCUACAUGCUGAAAUGUAUUGUCUGAGAUCUCACUACAGGGAAUGACUGUAUACGACUCCCAAACAUGAGAAGUAUUUUUUACCUGAAAAAGGGUUACAUUUAUAAUAUUAA